AUGGCUUCUACAGCAACUGGGGCUGGUGAAGGCGGAGCUCCGCAGUUACCAGUGAUAGAAGUUGGACAGAAUCAGAACGAAAUUCCGCCGGUUGUCAGCGAUGCUGAGAAGAAAGAAGAAGGAAGACCUUUAACACCAGGUUCGAGUGCGAACGUUUCUCUGAAUGGAGCAGUUGGAGGCCCGGAAUACACAAAUGAGGCACCUAGCAUCAAUACAAUGGAAACGCCAUUUCAACGCUACACACCAGCUCUCGCCUCAGAUUCUGACAAUGGAAGCAGCGCUCUCCCAGCACCUCCGCCUUAUGAAAAACUGGCACAGAAAAAUCCGAAACCAACAGAUCACCUCUCCAUCACCAUCGGUCCGGCCGUUAUCCUCCUUUCCGAUAUCGUCUUCCCAUGCAUAAUAUACUACGUCUGGUUCGACAUUCAUCGCGCCCGCUGGGCCAAGUCCUGCGAAGCAUACCCCAAAAACGAAUGUCCACUCGAAAAACCAGAAUACGACAAAGACAUUCUCGGCUACGCCAUCAUCUGUUUCGGAUUCGGCGAACUCUACAUCCUGAUCGUGCGCGUCUUGCGGCUUCUCAAGCAUCGCGAUCUCUGUGCUCCGCUGCUGUCAAGAUCUAAAUGGGAAUUGGAUGCCACGUCCUGGGUAUAUGGUGUUUCGAUGCUGAUGGCGCUCAUUCCGUUUGUGGUAGGAAGCGAACUCGAGAUUCCGGAGCUGUAUCUCUACUCUCCGGGCUUCCUAAUGAGUUUCCUCGGCAUCGUCAUGGUGAUCUCACUUAUCCCGUUUAAGAUUCCCAUCGGGAUUAAUUCUCACGCGCGGGGCUCCCCCAUGCGUCCAUUUAUAUACUAUGCGGCGGAAGAUUUCAUCGCGGUGGACGGUCUGCAAGACCGAGAGUUUCGAGUGCGAUAUAAUGCGCGAUAUGAUUCUUCGCCGGGGUUUCGAAGAAUGUUUUUACAUCUGACGCUGUGGUGGAUUUUUGGCGUCAUGGUUUAUUUGGGUUGUUUGAGCGCGGUCAUUUGGUCGCUGGAGUUCCAUUAUGCGUUUGGGUUGUCGUUGGGGGUGCUGUUUGCUUAUUUGGCUAUUUGGGCGACGUCGAGUUAUUUUUGGGUCGAUAGAGUAAUGAAGAAGGAACGGAGAGCGUAUGAGGAGAGGGUGGCGAAGUUUUGA